CCAAAGUUCAAAUGAUUCAUGAAAUCCAAGCUCUAUUUGAUUCCGAGUCUUGUUAUCCUGAUGGGCUCCCACCCAGCCAAGGAUCAGAGGUAUUUAAGGAAGACAUCGGAAUGCUUAAUGACUUCCCAUCAGUUUGAGAACUAGAUCUUCAUGAGGUUAUGAAGAAGAAAUGCAGCAAAGAAGAUACUGUUGACAAAAUAUUUGGGUCAUCUUUCUUACAAGACAACAUAUUUCAAGAAGAUAGUCUUGAUAAAAAUCAGUUUAGUCUAAGCACACAAGAACAUUUAGAAGACUUAGUAUCUAAGGAGGACAACAAGAAGUCCGAAAAUGAAGCAUUUGUGAAAACUAAGUCUAGAGAGAAGGAAAGUAAGAGCCUAGGCAAAUCAAACUAUAAGCCAAAGAAGCAGAAAAUUACUCAGAAGAUCAGAUCCUUUGAGAACAGGAGAAGGUUUGGCAAAUAAACAUGAUAGAGAGAUGUUCAAAGUAUUAAAUCAGCUUUGUAAAGAGUCAGAUAUCUCCCUCUCAGAAUUUGAAGGUAGCAACUUCCCAUUGCGUGGAAAGCUAAUGAAAAUUCUUGAACAACUCAUAAUCGAGAUUAAGUGGAGAAAAAGUAGAAAAUUUCAUCUUCUCAAAAGAAUCAAGAAGCUCAUAAUGGAAAAGAAGUUUUCAAUCAGAGAUAGCAAGCUAUUAUCGACUCUGGCUAACCAACACCAGUCAAAGUACGGCUUUGUGGAUUACUCAGCCAUAUUGUACUACUUCCCUGGAAAGACAGUCCAAGCUCUCAUGGAGACCUAUGAAGACUCUCAUGAAACUCACUAAAAGUUAAAUUUUAUA